AUGUCUGAGUCGGAGGAAACAGAGCUUAGCUAUGGCCAUCUUCCGACAUCAGAAGUGGGAUGUGAAGGACCGGAUAACGAGGAAACCGGGAGAAUAAACGAGACACAACUAUGUAGAUCUACCGACACGAGCGACAUUGAAGUAUUUAUGCGGGUAUUAAGAAGUGUUUCCAGUGGAUUGCAACCGCAUUCAACUACAAAUCUCGUCAGGUUUGACCCUGAUGACCCUGAUUCAGACAUUGAAGGAUGGUGCAGUAUUAACGAGGUUAUAAUUAAACACAAGGAUUUAAAAGGUACCGAUUUGCUAUUAGCUUUAACUCACGCGCUUCGUGGUCGUGCAGCAGCAUGUUUAACAAAACUGAAAACAAAUUCUAUUACUUGGGAAAAUAUUAAGGACUUGUUGCUUGCAAAAUUUUCUAAACCUAUGUUAAUGCAAGAUUAUUUUGAUCGUAUUAUAAAGUUUCAAAUGACUAAUAAGGAAACGGUGGCAGAUGCUGCCUUACGUCUAUGGCAAUUAAUUGAAUCCAUACCAAAGGCUAAUUUAUCGGAUGAGAUAAUAACGGGGUUUGUCAUAUCUGUACUUUCUCAUAUAGACCAUAAUAUAAGACGUGAAUUAUGCUCGCACAAUAUAACAAAUAAGCCACAAUUAUUUCGUAUCUUGCGAAGUGUUUCCUUAAAAAGGCGUGGAGAAGAAGUUAAUUUUAAUUAUGAUAAUAAACGUCCUCGUUUUAAUGUCACUCACACAGCAACUUCUUUUUAUGGCAACUGUCAUCGUUGCGGUGAAAUAGGUCACAAAAUUUUCAAUUGUCCGCGCAAUGGCGGUAAUAAUUCGCAGAUGCAGAAACUACCUACACCUCGCAAUGAGAGGCGCCCUGUCACCUGCGACGCAUGUGGCAAGCCUGGGCAUAUCGCCACUGCCUGCUCAGCCACAAAGAACAAUGAAGUUUCCAAGAAGGAGGUCAAACUUUGUAAUAAGCGUACGGUAACUGGUGAGCUUGAAAUUAGAGGUAUGUGUUAUCAUUUUCUAUUUGACUCGGGUUCAGAAUGUUCUCUAAUCAAGGAAAGUUUCGCUCGGCAUAUUGAGGGAACACGAAUUCACGAAACUGUGAUACUUAUUGGCAUCGGUAAUGCGGAUAUAAAAUGUACCGAACAAUUACUUUGUACUGCUAUCAUUCAAGGCUUGUCAGUUGAGAUAAUAUUUUACGUUGUAAAUGACACAUUUCUAGUAGAACCAAUACUGCUAGGACGAGAUAUUAUUGAAAAGGGCUUUCGAAUAGAAAUUAACGAUAAUGGUGUUUCUUUAUUUAGAGUAAAACAUAAUAAAUUUUGUGAGAAAUUUAGUUCUAUUGGCCGACAACUAAAUACAGAUUUAGUAGAUGAUGACAAAGAAUCAUUACUCAUUCUUCUUAAUAAAUAUUCUGAUUCAUUUAUUGAAGGAACGCCAACUAGGCGUGUAAAUACUGGUGUUAUGCAUAUUGAUCUAAUUGAUCCUAAUAAAAUUGUCCAAAGACGUCCGUAUCGGUUAUCAGCCUCUGAGAGACAAAUUGUAAGCGAUAAAGUAUCUGAGCUUUUGAAUGCAGGUGUAAUCCGUGAAAGUUCUUCACCUUUUGCGAGCCCUAUAUUGCUAGUUAAAAAAAAGGAUGGUAGCGAUCGAAUGGUAGUUGAUUAUAGGGAGCUUAACUCUAACACACGGUCCGAUAAUUACCCCCUUCCGCGCAUAAGUGACCAAAUUGACCGACUUCAUGGAGCUAAACAUUUCACGUCACUUGACAUGACUUCAGGAUUUCACUGUAUCCCUUUAGAGCCAUCGUCUAUAGAGCGAACUGCUUUUGUUACACCCGACGGCCAGUUUGAAUAUACUGCCAUGCCGUUUGGUCUCAAAAAUGCACCAUCAGUUUUUCAAAGAUCUAUUAAUAAAGCUCUUAAAGACUGUGAUUGUGCUCAAGUCUAUAUCGAUGAUGUCUUAAUACCAUCUACAUCCAUUGAACAGGGCCUUGAGCGCUUAAAUUUUGUCUUAAAUGCACUUAGCAAAGCUGGAUUUUCCCUCAAUAUGAAAAAAUGUAGUUUUCUAAAGACAGAAAUUACAUACCUAUGUUAUGUCAUUAAAUCUGGGGAAAUAAGACCCAAUCCCAAUAAAGUUCACGCACUUGUUAAUAUACCCGCUCCACGUACUGCAUCUCAGGUUCGGCAAAUUAUUGGUUUAGCAUCUUAUUUUAGGCAAUUUAUACCAAAUUUCUCAGUCACUAUGGCUCCCCUCUAUCCUCUUGUCCAACAUAAAGGCGAAAUUAAUUGGACCUCAGAACACGACGCAGUUCACCAACGUGUGGUAAAAGUUUUGACAUCGGCACCAGUACUCGCAAUAUUUGACCCCGAUAGGGAAACUGAACUCCAUACAGAUGCUAGUUCUCAAGGCUAUGGAGCGAUUCUAAUACAGCGUAUUGAUAAAGCCCCCCACGUCGUCGAAUACUUUAGCCGCCGUACAACGGACAUCGAAUCUCGUUAUCACUCGUAUGAACUUGAGACGUUAGCUGUAGUCCGUGCAGUAGAGCAUUUUCGUCACUAUUUAUACGGGCGAUGUUUCACAGUUCAUACAGACUGUAACGCAUUGAAAUCGUCUAGUAACAAACGUGAUCUCACGCCGCGUGUGCAUAGGUGGUGGGCUAUUUUACAAAGUUAUGAUUUUGUUAUUGAAUAUCGUGAAGGUCGCCAGAUGUCUCAUGCUGAUUUUUUGUCAAGAAAUCCGUUGUCAGAUAAAGAUAAUAGUUCAACAAAAUUACCGUUAAAAUCGAAACAGAUUUACGUAUUAGAUAUGCAAAAAGGUUGGUUAGCAGUAGAACAACAACGCGAUAGUAAUAUUAUAGACACUAUAGCAAAAUGGAGAGCUGGCGAUCUUCCCAAUGACAUUUCUCAGUCUUAUGAUGUUAGAAAAGGUCUCCUCUAUAGAAAAAUUCAACGUAACAAGCGCGAUUCUGAUCAGGGCCGUUGCUUUAUAAGUAACGAGUUUAAAACAUUUUGUCAUGAUAAUAAUAUAGAGUUACACCUUAUCGCUACUGGAGCAUGUAGGGCUAAUGGUCAAGUUGAGAGAGUCAUGCAAACUCUUAAAAACCUUUUGACAGUUAUAGAAAAUAGCACAGAUAGUGUCUGGAGAGAUGAGAUAGGAAAAAUUCAACUAGUACUAAAUACAACUCGCUGUAGAGUAACUGGUUAUACUCCAAUGGAGUUAAUGUUUGGCAUUAACCAACAGACUUUGGGAAUUUCUAGAAUAAGUAAUGAAAAUGUUAGUGAGGUUAACAGAUCGAAUUUAGUAGAUAUGAGGCAAAAUGCAGUAGAUAAUAUAAAAAGAUUAGCAGUGUCGGACACAGAACGUUUUAAUAAAACAAAGGCGCAAGUAGUACCUUUUGCUGAAGGUGAUUUUGUGUUCCUUAAAUGUUGCGAGCGAAACCAAACUAAAUUAGAUAGUAAAUUCAAAGGUCCUUAUAAGGUUGUUAAGGUGUUAGAAAAUGACCGUUACGAAUUACAAAAUAUUGAUGGCUCAAACCGUACAUACAAAUAUCCUCAUGAGAGUUUACGUGAAGUACCCAAAGGCAGAGCAGGAUUGACAGAAGUAGUUAAGAUAAUGUGCGACGAAAUAUAUAACAAAACAGGAACCGUGUCGGCGGAUGAUAUUGCAGAGCAAUCUGAUAGUAGAUACAUAGAUGAGGACAGGGGUUGCGUACAGCAAAAUAAUAUUGUGGAGUUGGAAUUAGGACCAUAG